UUGACGUCACAUUAUUUCCGACACACACAUACAAGGAAAGACAACACUUCUCGUCACACCGGAAAAUAUUGACAACCACACUAAACAACCACUCCGGUUGUCCCUAAAAGUAUGGAAGACUGCGCGAUUUGCUUGGACACAGUUCAUGAGAGGAAAACGUUAAAGUGCUCUCACUCUUUUUGCACUGCUUGUAUCGACUCGGUUUUUAAGUUGAAGCCUGCUUGUCCGAUAUGCAAUACCUACUACGGAGAGUACACGGGGAACCAGCCGGAGGGCAGCAUGACGGACAUGCGCAGCUGUCAGCGCCUGCCCGGCUUCGAGCACUGCGGAUCUAUCGUCAUACAGUACACUUUCCCAGCGGGGACACAAGGGCCUGAACAUCCAAACCCCGGGAAGAGGUACGGCAGCACGUCUCGUACGGCCUUCCUGCCAGACAGCGAGGAAGGGGAGAAAGUCCUGAAGCUGCUGAGGAAGGCCUUCGACAGGAGACUCGUCUUCACCGUUGGUCGAUCCGUCACCACAGGCCUCAACAACGUCAUCACCUGGAACGACAUUCAUCAUAAGACCAACAUAGAUGGUGGUCCACAAAGUUUUGGAUAUCCAGAUCCAGAUUAUUUGUCCAGAGUUCAAGAGGAGCUUUGUCUUAAAGGAGUCACACCGGAUGAUUGAUGAGUAAAGACAAUGAGAAGACAUCCUUCAAAUUAACUUGACUCUUUGUAUUGUUACAAAGUCUCUGAUUUUAAGUUCAAGGCUUGUGCAGAACUCCCUGAGGGAUGGAGAUGAAUGCCGCUUAACUUUUUACUCUAUGAAGUCGAUACAUGGAACUAUUAUCUUGAGAAAUGAAGGUUAGUGGCUGUCUAUGCAAAUAAACCCUAUAACCACAACCUGUACAGUAUGUGAUCCAACAAAACAAAGAUUACAGUUAAGUGAAAGGGGUUGUACCAAUCAUCAGAUUUUGUUAUUCCUAAUAUCUUUAGAAACCUGGAUCACAGGUCUGGACAUUGGACAUAGAUCACGUGGUACAAUUACUUACCUAGCAAACUGAUAGUUAAAGCUUGCUAGAGAAAUAAGAUGAUAAUGUAUUUGGUAUCGUCAACUUUUUUUAUGUUUAAAUGCUGAUAUGAUAUUCACUUAUGCCGUGGCUUAACAUAACCCCCAACAAAUGCACUAUUUACUAGCUGUUUGAGGACACAAUUUAGCAGUUUACAAAAAACAUAUUUCUCCUAUCUUUGGUACAGUUUAAAACAUGUCAGGCAGGAAAGUCAGAAAGUAUUGAUGGGUAAACGUAUGCCUUAUUGCUUUUGGCAGGGUAUUUUGGCAUUAUUUUAAGACGCUUUUAGAAUAUCCCCAGUCUUAUCCUAUAGCACCUCUAAUACCAUAAUAACACAUUUUGUGCUGACUACAUCAGUCAAUGCACUAGUGUCAAACAAGAGUAUAUGGAGUCCAGAACUGUCUUUAAAUCUCAAAACAUUUGUGAUUUUUCCUCUGAAUUCCUGCCUUUUGCCUGUGGAUACACUAGAGGGCGAUGCUCUCCUUUUUAGAAAGAAAUGUUAUGUGGAGUCUGCUUCGUAUGCAGCUGUAUCAUCAUCACAAACCCUCAGCCCUGCAGCACCUCCCAAACCUCAUAGCCCAAAGUCAGUCAGAUAGCCGAGCAUCUGCUAUAGAUGAUGAGUCAUGUGUUUCUAUGGGGCUCGGGGCAGUUUUAGCAGCAACGUAUUCACAGUGUGACGGAGAGAACUGCUAUCACCUUUUGUUUGACCACAUUGAACUGAUCCGCUCCUCAUCUCAGUCAGGUGCUUAAUGGUUAAAGCUGAGUUGUGGUAGUUACAUGCACAGACACACACAUUCAAUUUAAGAAAUCAUGGUGAUGAUAAAACAAUUAAAUGCUCAUCUAUUGUUGAUUUAAGUGGUACAUUUGUAACAAGUGCCCUACCCAUCACAAGCACAAAAACACCUGAAAACAUUGUAAUCAGAGGAGCUAUAUAUCUCUUCAUGCAGGAACACUGGACACACAAUCUAUGAUUUUUUUUGGGCAUGCAUUAAACCGAGUUACAACUGAAUCUGAAACAUUUCCAGCUGAUCAUCUUAGUGGCAGUAGCAUGGAGUUAUGUGAUGAGGAAACGGCUUUAACCCAUAUUUCAGUAUCAGGAAGAGUGCACAUGUGACAGGCUUACAGUAACUGGGCUCUGGUGUUGAGCGGCUGGGGGCGUUCCUGUGGCCUCGGAUCUCAGGGCAUCUGCUGCCCUCACAGAGCAGACCAGAACCCAUCUGGUCAAACGUACCACCCCCCCUCGCCUUUUCUCCCACAAUUCAUCAGUCAUCCAUUUGUCCUCAGCUUUUCAUCUCUUGUCCUCUUAUCAGGUUUCCAUUAACUGUAUGUUUUUUUUAAUCUGCUAAUCAUUUUCCUUUUUUCUUUCCUUCGUUUUAUGUGAAAAAACACAUUCCUUACUGCAUUCUUUAGUUUUGUUGUUGUCUAUUAUAAUGUAUAUAUUCUAUGACUGUGUGAUUGAUAUGCCUUUAACAUGAGACUGGCUUACAGUGACAGUUUGAGCUUUCUAAAUAGUGGAGCAGAUUGUGACAUCAAAAGAAAAAUGGAGCACUGAACCAAAUAUACAGAGAAACACUGUAGGAAAUGUAAGCUACAUUUGAAUAUAAGAUAGAAAGCUUAAGAUGGGUUCCAGAAGAACACAUCAUACCAUCUGACUGUAUUUCUUUAGGCAUUAUUGUUCAAAUGCAAAUUAUAUGACUUAAAAUAAAAUGGCAUG